AUUAAUUUUAAUGUAUUUAAAAACUGCAGUAAGGUAUCCUAAACCAAAAUAGUAUCACACCAUGAAGCUAAGGAUAUGAUAUACUGCCACAAGUUUAAAUGACAAGUGUUGACAUUUUAGAUCACCCAACAAUGUUUACAUUAUAAUCGAGAUAUUAAAAUUACAUUUGCUAUGUGAAAUAAUACUGAAACUCUAGAAGUCUAUAUAUUUUACUACCCUGGAUUCUCCAUUGAAACACGUAAAGUGCAUAAAAUAGAAUAUUGUGUCCCAGCAAUAUAAAAUUAAUAAUAUGCACCAAGCGUACGUGAAUGCAACAAUAAAUACAUAUAAAUUCUGCACAAAUAAGUUCAAUACUUUAUCGAGUGAAAGUCAAACAAACCAGCUCAAAUGGAUGAAACGCCAAAAUGCAGUCGCGAUUUGGACCGCAUACCACAGAAGCCAACGAAGAAUGACGAAACCAGUUCAAAAGAACUAAAUGUAUCAAAAGAACAGGCGACUAUAACUAUAAUACAAUCCAUAACGAAAGAUGAGGCACCAUCCACGAAAGCAGAAACAAAAAUUUACAUAGAACAGCCGACUUAUUCUAAAAAUCAAUGCCAAUCAAUACCCAGACCUCAAACAUCUACAAUGAGAGAAAAUAUAACUAUAUACAACGAAUUGAAUUUGCCGAAAUAUGAUGCAACGAUGGCUCCGAAAAAUCAAGUUCUUUCGACUCUAGGAAACAGUUCAGGGAGGCCUUCUCCAGGAAAUCCUGAGCCUGGACUUCAAUACUGUGUUGCCAGAGUUGCUUCAACAACACUUUCCUACAGCAGAAACAACUCUCAUUUAGGAACAUACGCACCAUUAAUCAUUAGGCCUUCCAAUCAAAGUCCUAUCACAACUCAACCUCGUUUGUCGUUGUUAAAACUUGCCAUUCCUCAAAGCCCACAGGGUCAACCGCAAAGUUUGUUUUUACAAGCGCUAUCAAAACUAAACGACAGUUCGUUAACUUUAUCAGUUAUCAGCCAUUUAGGACCUAAUUUGAAUAAAAUUUUCAAGUUUGAUCUAGAAUCUGGGUAUAUAACGCCUCCUGAUUCCUUGACGAGCGCGCCUCCGUCUUAUUCUUUCGUUUUAAGGCAAAUGGCGGUGAGAAGAAGACCUAGAUUCAUGGGAACUUUUUAUCCUUCGCCGUCUUUUGUUCCGCACACUCCGCCCCCUACUUACACUACUGCAUUUGAUGUGUAUAUCGAGCCAGCCAACGUCCCUCCUCCUCCUGCCAGAGUCUAUACAUUUGGUUUCGCACCGAUGCCUAUUGUGUGCCCAGAGUGCGGAUAUACGGGGAUGACUGUUGUAACGAGUCGAAUAACUAUUUGUACACAUUUAUGUGCUUUGAUUUUAUGUUUGCUUUGUUGUUGGAUAUGUGCCCCGUUGCCGUAUAUUUUGAGGUCUUGCAAAGACGUUUAUCAUUAUUGCAGAAAUUGUAGGAGUUUUUUGGGAAUGUAUUGCCCCACUAAUCCUGAGAGUGUCUAUCCGUAAUUUUACGUAAAUCAGGUUUUCUUGUAUUAUUUAGUAUGUUUUUCUGAUAAGUGUAACUUUAUUAAAGUUUUUAUAUUAUUCUUACAAGAUUUAUGUUUGAUUCGUAGUCGAUUUCAAAACGAAAUCAAAUGAU